AUGACUGGGAGUCAACUGCCGUUGGACAAAUCCCAGUCCAAGAAGGACCAGCGAAAUGCUGCGGUGCGAAUCAUCCAAAAGAAGUUCGGUGACGACAAGAUUGAAGUUCUCGAUCCCCAAGCAGUCCUUCAGGAAUAUGAUGCCAGAGGCGCCAAUGAUAACGAUGCAGGUGCCCCGGCUGCCAGCCAUCAGGGCAGCUACAACUGCCUGACUGAGCCGUUUGACCCUAACUCGGUGGCUUCCAUCCUGGUAGGCCUCUUUACAGAGAUCCCGCGCUGGAAAUACGGCUCGACCAUAAACUUUGCCGCGUACGCCGGUGGAUACCCUCAGGCCGGAGACGCACAAUUUGCGGCGCUCCGUCUUUGGGAGGCAGCGCAGCAGUGGAACAGCUAUAAUCUGGGCGUCAAGUUUGCCUGGGUCGGCAAGCUUGAGGAUGCGGCGUUCGUGCUGGAGUACGGCGGGGACAAGGGCAGCGUCUUGGCCUCGGCGUUCUUCCCGAAUUCCAAGCCAUUGAACACAUUGUUCGUGUACCAGUCGGCGUUGUCCAAACAGCAGUACCGCUCGAUCCUCAAAAACAUCUUCCUGCACGAGCUUGGGCACACUCUGGGCCUGCGCCACGAAUUCGCCUUGGAUCCGGGCCGCUGGGAGGGCGGAGCGGUGGUUUACGGGACGAGAAACCCCAAGUCGGUCAUGAGCUACGAAUUCCCCCCGCAGGUGCAGCCGAGCGAUAUCACCGACACAACGAGCUUUUAUAAGCUCAAGACGCUGACCAACGGGACAAUGAGUAUCAAGGAUUACGUUCCUGAUAAUUGA